GCCCCUACGGCAAGCCGGAGGUAGCAAGAUGGCCGCCGCUGAGGAGGACUUCGGAGUCGCGGCCGACGCUGACCGGGAACUGGAAGAGCUGCUGGAAAGUGCUCUUGAUGAUUUCGAUAAGGCCAAACCCUCCCCAGCACCCCCAACUACCACCACCACCACCACCACCACUCCCGAUGCAUCGGGGCCGCAGAAGAAAUCACCAGGAGACACAGCUAAAGAUGCCCUCUUCGCCUCCCAAGAGAAGUUUUUCCAGGAACUGUUCGACAGUGAGUUGGCUUCCCAAGCCACUGCAGAGUUCGAGAAGGCAAUGAAGGAGUUGGCCGAGGAAGAGCCCCACCUGGUAGAGCAGUUCCAAAAGCUCUCGGAGGCCGCCGGCAGAGUGGGCAGUGAUGCAAACUCCCAACAAGAAUUCACUUCUUGCCUGAAAGAAACAUUAAGUGGACUAGCCAAAAAUGCCACUGACCUUCAGAACUCAGGCAUGUCGGAGGAAGAGCUGAACAAGGCCAUGGAGGGGCUGAGAAUGGAUGAAGGGGAUGGCGAAGGGAACAUCCUUCCCAUCAUGCAGAGUAUCAUGCAGAAUCUACUCUCUAAGGAUGUGCUGUACCCAUCGCUGAAGGAGAUCACAGAGAAGUACCCAGAGUGGUUGCAGAGCCACCAUGAAUCUCUACCUCCAGAGCAGUUUGAAAAAUAUCAGGAGCAGCACAGUGUCAUGGGCAAGAUAUGUGAGCAAUUUGAGACAGAGUCCCCUACCGACAGUGAGGCCACUCAGAAGGCUCGUUUUGAGAUGGUGCUGGAUCUUAUGCAGCAGCUACAGGACUUGGGUCAUCCCCCAAAAGAGCUGGCUGGGGAGAUGCCUCCUGGCCUCAACUUUGACCUGGAUGCCCUCAAUCUGUCAGGCCCACCAGGUGCCACUGGUGAACAGUGUCUGAUCAUGUGAAACACCACACGUUUUCCUCCCUGGUUCCUAGCCAGGGGAAACAUCUGGAGUCAGCAGAGCCGUGGGUAGCUGAGGCAGGAGUGUCAUCUGUGGAGAGAUCUGCCCAGUGCCCGCUGCCAUCCCACCCGAGACAGUGCCAUGCCAGCUGAGGCUUUCCUCCUCUAGGAAGAAGGCCUGUUCUGUAGGCCACUUCUGUCAGCCCUGCUCGAUUGUGGCUCUGCUGCUAACAGGCCCAGCAAAGGAAGCUUUCCAAUUGGGCCAAGCACCUUCUUCCUUCUCCCCAAAUGAUGUUAUUUAUGGCCACACCGAUCGAGGAUCUCCUUUACACCCAGGGUCUUCGUGCCUUGUCUCUGUCCCCUGCCUUGGGCCAAGGGAGCCGGGACACAAACCUGGUACUCUAUUUCUACGGUUCUGGGAAGGGCCUAUGGGAACAGGGAGGAUCUAGGCUGGAGCUGUGGUUUGUCAUCAUGCUGCUGAAUUCUCUGAUAAGACGGUUCACUUGGGAGGGAAGUCCUCAGCUCCCUGUUCCAGCCAUGAACCCAAAUUACUCUCCUGGUUCUUUCUACAAGACCAUGUGAGCUAGGUGAACUCAGCCCCUGGCCUUCCUUUGCCCCUUGUCUUUCCUCUUUUCUCCCUUCUGUUUAAAACACUUAUUUAUUCCUGAGCCCAAGCAGUGACAAAAAAGAACCCACCCUGUUUCCUUUCUAGUUCACCUCUAGCUCAUAGACUCACAACGGUCCCCUUCCCCACAGCAAGCAGACAGUUGUUGGGUAAGGUCUGGGAAAUACUGAUCUACAGAUACAUUCUGGUUUCUUUGAGACUUCUGAUUUCCCUUAAGAUCCUGUCCCUUGAUUCAGGGAGGUGGCUCGGGAUCCGGGGAAUGGUGUAACUCGGGCCCCUUUUCCUGCAGGCCCGUGGAGCACUGUCUAAUAAAUAUUGUGAGCGAGG